AUGUCGGGCCAUCCUCAGCAGGGCGGCUACGAUGAAGGCUACGGCCAACAUCAUCAAGGCAACGAUGCCUACUACCAAGAUCAAGAGGGCUACCAUGAUCAGUACGAUUAUGGCAAUCAGCCACAGCACGGAGGCGAAGGAUUCUACGAUGAAUCUGGUUACUACAAUGCCGAUGCAUCGAAUCCCUACCACAAUGACGGCGGAUACUAUGAAGGCCACCCAGGAUAUCAAGAUGACUACUAUCAAGAUGGCCAGUAUUACGACCAAGGAGCUGCAGGUCAGCAACAACAUCAAGGUCAACGCCCACGUCGCCAUGGCGAUUCUGAAGAAGAUUCCGAGACUUUCAGCGAUUUCACCAUGAGGUCGGACAUGGCUCGUGCUGCCGAAAUGGACUACUACGGUCGAGGAGAUGAGAGAUACCAGAGCGGCUACGAUAACCAAGGCGGCCGAGGUUACAGACCACCAUCUUCCCAAAUCUCCUACGGUGGCAACCGGUCUUCGGGUGCGUCUACGCCCAUUUAUGGCAUGGACUACAACAACGCACUUCCCGGUGGUCAACGUUCUCGAGAGCCCUAUCCAGCCUGGACAUCCGAUGCUCAAAUCCCACUAUCCAAGGAGGAGCUCGAAGACAUUUUCCUGGACCUGACUGCGAAGUUUGGUUUCCAGCGUGACAGCAUGCGGAACAUGUAUGACCAUCUGAUGACCUUGUUGGACUCCAGGGCAUCCCGCAUGACUCCAAACCAAGCGUUGUUGUCACUGCACGCCGACUACAUUGGAGGUGACAAUGCCAACUACCGCAGAUGGUAUUUCGCUGCCCAUCUGGAUCUCGAUGAUGCAGUGGGUUUCGCCAACAUGAAGCUCGGCAAGGCCAAUCGUCGAACCCGUAAGGCACGCAAAGCUGCCGCAAAGAAGGCCAAGGAAAAUCCUCAAGAUGAGGAGCAGACUUUGGAAGCUUUGGAGGGAGACAACUCUCUUGAGGCGGCCGAGUACCGCUGGAAGACCAGAAUGAACAAGAUGUCUCAGCAUGACCGCGCCCGACAGAUUGCUUUGUAUCUCCUUUGUUGGGGUGAAGCGAAUCAAGUCCGUUUCAUGCCCGAGACGCUCUGCUUCAUCUUCAAGUGUGCUGACGACUAUCUGCACUCUCCCGCCUGCCAAAGCCGUGUUGAGCCGGUCGAAGAAUUCACCUACCUGAAUAAUGUCAUUACUCCUCUCUACACAUACAUCAGAGAUCAGUGUUACGAAAUCAUUGAUGGAAAGUACGUCCGACGAGAGCGCGAUCACAACCGAGUCAUUGGUUAUGACGACAUUAAUCAACUCUUCUGGUAUCCUGAGGGUAUCGAAAGAAUCGUCAUGGAGGACAAAUCUCGCAUUGUUGAUCUCCCUCCUGCGGAGAGAUACCUGAAACUCCAGGACGUCCACUGGAAGAAGGUUUUCUUCAAGACCUACAAGGAGACCAGAUCCUGGUUCCACUUGCUCGUCAACUUCAACCGUAUCUGGGUCAUCCAUCUUACGACUUUCUGGUUCUACACCGCUUUUAACUCUCCAACGCUGUACACCCAUAACUACCAGCAACAGUUGAACAACAAACCUCAUGCGGCUGCUCAGUGGUCUGCUGUGGGCUUGGGUGGAACGGUAGCAUCCCUCAUCCAGAUUCUGGCCACACUCGUCGAAUGGUCCUAUGUUCCGCGACGAUGGGCAGGUGCUCAGCAUCUGACCAAGCGACUGCUGUUCCUGAUCGGUGUCUUUGUCCUCAACAUUGCUCCCAGUGUCUACAUCUUCGGUUUCUCCCAGACAUCAAAGGUCUCCUUGAUCCUAGGUGUUGUCCAAUUCUUGGUGGCUCUGGCGACCUUCUUCUUCUUCUCAAUCAUGCCAUUGGGUGGACUGUUCGGCAGCUACUUGACUGGCAACUCCCGUCGUUAUGUGGCCAGUCAGACUUUCACCGCCUCGUACCCGCGCCUGAAGGGUAACGACAUGUGGAUGUCGUACGGUCUGUGGAUUAUGGUCUUCGCUGCGAAGUUGGCCGAAUCGUACUUCUUCCUGACCCUGUCCUUCCGAGAUCCUAUCAAGAUUCUCUCGUACACCCAUAUCCGCCACUGUGCAGGAGACGCCAUCCUGAAGACAUACCUUUGCAAGUACCAACCGCAGAUCUUGCUCGGAAUCAUGUUCUUCACCGAUUUGAUUCUGUUCUUCUUGGAUACCUACCUCUGGUACAUCAUCUGGAAUUGCGUCUUCUCUGUUGCGCGUUCUUUCUACCUUGGUGUUUCGAUCUGGACGCCAUGGAGAAACAUCUUCUCGCGGCUCCCAAAGCGUAUCUACUCCAAGAUCCUGGCUACUACCGACAUGGAGAUUAAAUACAAGCCGAAGGUGUUGAUCUCUCAAGUUUGGAACGCCAUUGUCAUCUCCAUGUACCGAGAACAUCUUUUGGCCAUCGACCAUGUCCAGAAGCUGCUGUACCAUCAAGUUCCAUCUGAGCAAGAGGGCAAGCGCACACUGCGAGCUCCAACUUUCUUCGUCUCGCAGGAAGAUCACUCUUUCAAGACUGAGUUCUUCCCGGCUCAGAGCGAGGCCGAACGCCGCAUUUCCUUCUUCGCACAGUCCUUGUCGACGCCAAUUCCGGAGCCUCUUCCAGUGGACAACAUGCCAACCUUCACCGUGCUCAUUCCUCACUACAGCGAGAAGAUUCUCCUGUCCCUUCGUGAGAUCAUCCGUGAGGACGAGCCAUAUUCCCGUGUCACCCUCUUGGAAUACCUCAAACAGCUUCAUCCGCACGAAUGGGACUGCUUCGUCAAAGACACCAAGAUCCUGGCUGACGAGACAUCACAAUUCAACGGUGACUACGAGAAGAAUGAGAAAGACACCGCCAAAAGCAAGAUUGAUGAUCUGCCUUUCUACUGCAUUGGUUUCAAGUCUGCGGCUCCGGAAUACACUCUCCGAACUCGUAUCUGGGCUUCUCUUCGUUCGCAGACACUUUACCGUACAGUCUCCGGUUUCAUGAACUAUAGCCGUGCUAUCAAACUCCUCUACCGUGUCGAAAACCCAGAGGUCGUUCAGAUGUUUGGCGGCAACUCGGACAAAUUGGAGCGCGAGCUUGAGCGCAUGGCCAGACGCAAGUUCAAGAUCGUGGUCUCUAUGCAGCGAUAUGCGAAGUUUAAGAAGGAAGAACGUGAAAACACCGAGUUCCUGCUCCGCGCGUACCCUGAUCUUCAGAUUGCCUACUUGGACGAAGAGCCUCCCCAGAAUGAAGGAGAAGAGCCACGCCUCUACUCUGCCUUGAUCGAUGGUCACUCGGAAAUUCUCGAAAAUGGAAUGCGCCGACCCAAGUUCAGGGUCCAGCUCUCCGGUAACCCCAUUCUCGGUGACGGCAAGUCUGACAACCAGAACCAUGCUAUCAUCUUCUACCGCGGUGAAUACAUCCAGCUCAUCGAUGCCAACCAGGACAACUACCUCGAGGAGUGCUUGAAGAUCCGAAGCGUUUUGGCUGAGUUCGAGGAAAUGACGACAGAUAACGUCUCGCCGUACACUCCUGGCAUCCAAAACAGCAAAACCGACCCUGUUGCCAUCCUUGGUGCUCGUGAAUACAUCUUCUCCGAGAACAUUGGUGUCUUGGGUGACGUUGCCGCUGGAAAGGAACAAACGUUCGGUACUCUUUUCGCUCGAACUCUGGCUCAAAUCGGUGGUAAACUCCAUUACGGUCACCCCGAUUUCCUCAAUGGCAUCUUCAUGACCACUCGUGGCGGCGUCUCCAAAGCUCAGAAGGGACUGCAUCUCAACGAAGAUAUCUACGCUGGUAUGAACGCUCUCAUCCGUGGUGGCCGCAUCAAGCACUGCGAGUACUAUCAGUGCGGUAAAGGUCGUGAUCUCGGUUUUGGCUCGAUUCUUAACUUUACGACCAAGAUCGGAACUGGUAUGGGUGAACAGAUGUUGUCUCGAGAGUACUACUACCUCGGCACACAGCUGCCUCUGGAUCGCUUCUUGUCUUUCUACUACGCGCAUCCUGGUUUCCAUAUCAACAACAUGUUCAUCAUGUUGUCGGUGCAGCUUUUCAUGAUCGUCUUGAUCAACCUUGGUGCUCUGAAACAUGAGACGAUUGUGUGCUCUUACAACCGCAACACCCCACCAACUGAUCCUCUCAAGCCUACCGGAUGCACCAACUUGACUCCCAUCAUGGGCUGGGUUGAGCGUUGCGUUGUCUCUAUCUUCAUCGUCUUCUUCAUCUCUUUCGUACCUUUGGUUGUACAAGAGUUGACUGAACGUGGAUUUUGGCGAGCAGCUACCCGUCUUGCUAAGCAUUUCGCUUCUGCAUCGCCGGUCUUUGAGGUGUUUGUCUGUCAAAUCUAUGCCAGCUCCAUCCAGCAGGAUCUAUCCUUCGGUGGCGCCCGCUACAUCGGUACCGGCCGUGGGUUCGCAACUGCGCGUAUUCCAUUCGGCGUCCUCUACUCGCGUUUUGCAGGUCCAUCCAUCUAUCUCGGUGCUCGGUCGUUGAUGAUGUUGCUCUUCGGAACCAUCACCGUCUGGGGUGCCUGGCUGUUGUGGUUCUGGAUCUCACUGCUCGGUCUCUGUAUCUCGCCAUUCAUCUUCAAUCCUCACCAGUUUGCAUGGACCGACUUCUUCAUCGACUACAGAGACUAUCUUAGAUGGCUGUCUCGCGGCAACUCCCGCUCACACGCCUCCUCCUGGAUUGCCUUCUGCAGAUUGUCCCGAACACGCCUUACUGGUUACAAGCGCAAGGCUCUGGGUUCUCCUUCUGAGAAGCUCUCUGGCGACGUGCCUCGAGCCCAUUUCACCAGCAUCUUCUUCAGCGAGGUCAUUGGUCCCUUUGUGCUCGUCUGUUUGACAUUGAUUCCCUAUCUCUUCAUCAACGCUCAAACAGGUGUCACCGGCUCCGAUCUCAAGCCAGCAACGAACUCUCUCAUUCGAGUCGCUAUCGUGGCUUUCGCUCCCAUCGCUGUCAACGCUGGAUGUCUAGCUGUGUUCUUUGCCAUGGCUUGCUGUAUGGGCCCCGUCUUGAGCAUGUGUUGCAAGAAGUUUGGUUCUGUGCUUGCCGCAAUUGCACACGCUGUGGCUGUCAUCUCGCUGUUCGCUUUCUGGGAAGUCAUGUUCUUCCUCGAAGGAUGGAUCUUCGCAAAGGCACUGCUCGGCAUGAUCGCGGUCGUUGCACUUCAACGAUUUGUGUUCAAGCUCAUCAUCGCCCUGGCUCUGACCCGAGAGUUCAAACAAGAUUCGUCCAACAUAGCCUGGUGGACCGGUAAAUGGUACUCGAUGGGCUGGCACUCGAUGUCUCAACCAGGACGUGAAUUCCUGUGCAAAAUUACCGAGCUCGGAUUUUUCGCUGCCGACUUUAUCCUGGGACAUAUUCUCAUGUUCCUCAUGUUGCCGGCGCUUUGCGUUCCCUACAUCGACAAGUUCCACUCGGUCAUGCUUUUCUGGCUGCGUCCUAGCCGUCAAAUCAGACCUCCCAUCUACUCCAUCAAGCAGUCUCGCCUGCGUAAGAGACGAGUCAUCCGCUACGCCAUCUUGUACUUUUUCAUGCUCAUUCUUUUCGUCAUUCUCCUCGUCGGCCCUGUCAUCGUCCGCAAAUACAUCACGGACCUUCCAACCAUCCCAUUGAACUUGAGCCAACCUACUGGACAGAACAACAACGACACCAGCAGCCGUAUCACUGGAUCAGCUCUUCACAACUUCGGUCAAGAUGCAACUGCCGCCGACACUGCUGCCGGAACAACGGCCGCCGCCACCGCUGGAACGACCAGUGGCAGUGGCAGUGAUCCUUUCACCAUCGGUGCUCGAUUCAUCAGAUGGUAA